AUGACUUCCAAUCUUCUCAAGAAGCUUCAUAUUACGAAACUGAACCAUAGCAAUAGCUCCACCCAAACAACACCAGAAAAUAGCCAUCCAGCCGAUCUUUGCGUAGACAAUUUGAAUUCGCAAGAAAAGAUGGAGUAUCAAAUGAGCCACCAAACCUUACCAUCACAAGAUCAACAGCAACAACAACAACAACAACAACAACAACAACAACAACAACAACAACAACAACAACAACAACAACAACAACAACAACAACAACAACAACAACAACAACAACAACAACAACAACAACAACAACAACAACAACAACAACAACAACAACAACAACAACAACAACAACAACAGCACCAACAACAACAUGUUCCUGCGCAAAUGAGUCAAGGAGUGGUACCACAGGUUCCUACUCAAUUGACUGCCGAACAACAGCGUACAAAUGAUGCUAUCCAAAGAUCGUUGUUACUUCUUUUUCUAUUGCUCUACUUUUAUAUCUUGCAUUUACUUUCUUCUUGA